AGUCUGAGUCAUCAACGGCAAAGAGAGUGUGAUAAGUUCUUCAUUGCAUUACUUGCAAGAACCAAGUCUGAAUAUGGUGAUGAUGGAGACAAGCAAAGUGAAACAUUAUUAAGCAAGACAGUUAAAAUUCUGAUAGUGAAGGACAGCAUAAUUUCUACUCAAGCUGUUGCAGGACUUGGCAGAAUGACCGCUGAUAUGAAGGAGCGAAAGUCUGAAAGUCUUUUCUCCUUCAAACGGAGCAACAACCGAUAUUCGUUGCAUCUAGAAAAAAACUCAAAAAAGGAUGAUGUUCAGCUCAAAAGAGCAUCCUGGUCAUCUUUUCCUCUCCUUAAAUUUGCUUCAUUUGACGACAAAGGUUCCCGAGAGUUGGCAAAUGUUAAAAGUCAAAGCAGUGAAGACAUUAAGCGCCAGCAGAAUAUUAGCACACCUAAAAUCGGAUGUAGCUUCCUCCGAGGAUCGAAUGCAAGCAUAAGAAGUGUAAUUUCUAAUUCUUCGUCUUCUUCAUCCUCGACGUCAAGUCCAAGCAUGAGUUCAGGCUCGAGUGGGAAGAGUUCUAUCACCAGUAUUCUGGAAGGAUCGGUUUCUGAUAGCCACUAUGAUUCGUGCAGUACUGUAGAGGAUGUCCCUUAUCUCGGUGUCCAACCACAGCAGCUCCUCCACAGAGAUAGUCUCUCAAGAAGCACUAGCGAUGUUAUCCCAUUUGUCAGACACGGCCACAUUUUCAGGGAGGAGAGAGGAGCAUCAUCUUCUGUACCAUCAUUAUUUCAAGAUGAAGUAUUCGUUACUUCUCCUAAAAUAAUAUAUGCCCAUAAAAAGACUCCAGAUGUUAAAAGAAAAUUAAGAAAACAGCUUGUACAAGAACUUGAAUUUGUAAAAAGGAACGGAUCUCUGCCUGAGAAUUUAGAAGUGAUCCAGUCAAAAUUAUGUAACGAAAAGGAGAACGUCAUCCCAAGGAGCAGUUCUCAGAAACAUGUAACGAAACCAAAAUCAAGUUUUAGAUUUAUGCAAAGCUAUAAGUUCUUGAGUAAAUUAGAGAAUAAGGGUAACAAGAAAUCAAGGAUGCAAAAAGAUAAACGGAUAGAAAUGACUGAGUCAUCAGCCCUAUAUCAGGGGGGACCGGACGUGAGGGAGAACCCCGGAGAUAACCUUAAGGCCGCGCUCUUCGAAAAUCUCACGUCCUCUCACAGCAGUCUCCUUGAUGCGUGUGAGGAUCCCAGCACUGAAACUGUGCCUUACUCUGUCAGCGCAUUUCUCGCCAGUGAUCUUGUUGGCUUUGAAGAGGGUGAUAUUAAUUUUGGGGUUAUAAAUGAGAUUAUAGAAGAAGAAGAAGAUAGUGAAUGUGAUUUGAGUGAAUUUAUGACAUAUGCAGAAGAAAGCUAUCGAUUUGAACGCCGGCUCGAAGAUAAAUUAGAAAUGCUCGAGUACAGGGAGGAAUCCAACGAAAAGAAAAACAGCCAAGGAGAAACAAGUGAAGGAAAUGUCAUUGGAAAUGGAAAUAUACAAAAUCUUGUAAAGAGAACAGAAAUGAAGCUCAAUCUUGUUAAGCCUCACAACAAACCCUUGAAUCAGGUCUACCGAUCGCGGCUCCUACGUCACAUAUCCGAAGAGCCAGACAGCGGAGCCAGCGGAGGAGAGGAAGAGGUCGAGCUACGGUCUUCUCCGCGGACUCCAGGCACGCCAAGGAGCCCGGGAAUCGACAUUGAUGAUGUGUUCAAGCAGAAACAAAAAGAAAUCGAAGAGGGUAACAAGGAUGACAUGUCUAGAGUCCGAGAUCUUACUGCGAGGCUGAAGUUAGCUACGCGACGACCGUCCUAUCUUGACUGGCUGAAUUCUGUUCAAAAUCGCAGUAAGGAGAUUGGAAGGGUGUUGGAGCUACAUCCACCUAAAGUCUUAGAGGAAGGUGUUCUUGAGGAAGAGAUCACAGAUGAAUCAAGAAAAAAAAAUCUGAAAAGUGCACUGAAUUGGUUGAAGACGGAACUGCAAGAAAUGCGACAACAGGAUCAGCAGUUGGCAAGGCAGUUGAUGCAAUUAAGGAUAGAGUUCCAGAGAGUUCGGCUUCUGCGUUCAUGUAAUAAUCAUCAAGCACUUGUAGACGAAGUCAGGAAUGAAGCAGAGGAAGCCAGAACGUUUGAAUCAUCGGACCUAUGUGAUGUGCCUCAAGACCUCAGAGAGGCGUUUUCACCAGUGCUUCGAGAAAUAGGUGUAACGAGGAUGAACAUCACAAGUCGUCGAUUCUCUCUACGAGAUCCCUGGAAAUGGCUCUCAGUCCCGGAAUUCACCCAAUCGCCACGUAUGACAAGAGUACAUGCCAUGCCCAGUAUAAUACAAGUUUAUUUAUUGUAUUUACACAUAGAUGCCACUACAAGUGCUUAG